AUGGUAGUCAUUAUUCAAAUAGUUAUAAGCCUUUAUUUUGCCAUGGAGAUGCAUCUGGAUUUUAACUUUGAUUAAUCGACACUCACAUGUCUAUAGGUCGGUGAGCCCUUGGUUUGGGUGGUUAAUUGAAUUCUUGCAGGACUAGUGACGUUCUGUAAUUUGUCACUGAAGUUUUCCGUAUGCUGCUUUAACGAGAUAAUUCAUAAUUCUUCGGCCCUAGAUACUGCUAUAAUGUCUAUUAUACUCUAUUUAUGUACGUCUGAAAUUGGAACUCUGUUGAACUUCAAAAAGAAACAGCCUCUUGGAUGUGAUUCUCCCAAGCAGUGCUAGUUCCUUUUUAGCUUGAUCCGAUCAAUCCGUUGCAGCUGUCCUUUUGAUUAUCCUUUAGGGACAAAUUUUUAUAUAAAUUUUGAUCCCUCCAGUGAAUAAUCCUUUUAAAAUGUAUCGAUAAUAGGUACCAACUAUGCAGAUAAGUUAAAAGAGGCACGACGAACAAAUGUGCGAAGCAGAGUCAUUUUCAGAUUCUAAUCUGAAACAACAGUUGACUAGCUUUUCUUCUUGUUUCUUGCAUUGUUUAUACAAAGAAGCCUACUCUACGGUUUGUCCUUUAGCAGUUGAAUUGGGGCCGUGCAAUCAGUAAGGAAUAUGCGAGUGAGGAGCAGCACACUUGUUCGUUUUCAUUUGCAGCUUACAAUAUUUUGGAGCUGUUAAAAAAAGAAAGAGAAAAAGCCUGUACUACCCCUUUUGAUUCAUUUAAGAAGAACGAAGAAGGAGCUACGGGAACAGCAGUCUAGACGUCAAUGACUACUACUUUAGGAGUCUCCCUCUCUCUCUUUCUUGUGGGCUUCACUUGCUUUUUCUUGUACCUCUACAAUCUCUUCUGGUGGAAGCCGCUUUGGCUCCGAAAGAAGCUUCAGCAUCAGGGAAUCAAUGGCCCUGCGCCAUCCUUUUUCGUCGGCAACAUCUUGGACAUUAAGAAGAUUCAACUGGAAAUGCAAGCAGCGAAGAAUCGACAAAGCAUCGGCAAUCGUGUUUCGCAUGAUUACAUGUCCCACCUAUUUCCCCACAUUGAGAAAUGGAGAGCUGACUAUGGUCCCGUGUUUGCAUUCAACCUGGGGAACAUGGUGAUUGUAUGCAUAUGCAACUUUGACGUAGUGAGGGAGUUUUGUCAGUGCAAGUCUGCUGAAUUCGGAAGGUCUGCAUACCUGAGAGACAACAGGGGGAUUCUCUUGGGUUAUGACAGCAUCAUCACUUCGAAAGGAAGAUCCUGGGCGCUCCAGAGAAAAGUCAUUGCGCCUGAAUUCUUCAAUGACAAAAUCAAGGGGAUGGUGGACAUGAUGGUUGAAUCUGCCAUCUCUGUCUUGGAAAAGUGGGAAUCUCAAAUGGAGGAAGCCGGGGGAGUUGCUUCAGUGCGGGUCGACGAGGAUUUAAAAAGCCUAUCUGCUGAAAUGAUUUCAAAAGCAUGCUUUGGGAGCAAUUAUCUUAUUGGCAAUGAAAUAUUUUCUAAGAUGUUAGUGCUUCAAGAUUUGCUAAGCAAGCAGCAUGCUUUUGUUGGUCUUCCCAGGGUAAGGCAUAUUCCUACAAAGACUGCUCGUGACAUUAGGAGGGUAGGAAAAGAAAUCGACCAAUGUGUUCUGAAGCUGAUGGAUGAUGAUGACAAUGCCGAGAAGCCGAGCUUCUUACAGGCCUUAGUCAACAAUUUUGGCCGUGGAUCAAGUGUCAUCGUAGACAAUUGCAAGGGUAUGUUCUUCGGUGGACAUGAAACAACUGCCAGUGGCGCUAUGUUUGCUUUAGUACUUUUAGCACACCAUCCUGAGUGGCAGGAGCGAGUGCGUGCUGAGGUGGUAGAGAUCCUUGGAAAUCAAGCCCCGAAUAUGGAUAAGCUGCACAAAAUGAAAUUGUUAAAUAUGGUGAUUUAUGAAACACUGCGCCUAUAUUCUCCUGGACCAUUCUUGACAAGAGAAACGUCUGAGGCAAUGAAGUUUGGGGAGUUUGCGAUUCCGAAAGGUGUCAACAUCUGGAUCCCAAUCUCGCUGUUGCAUCAGGAUCCGGCCAACUGGGGCGACAAUGCCCACGAGUUCCAUCCAGAAAGGUUUGCAAAUGGAAUUUCUUCAGCAUGCAAGCUUCCGAAUCUGUUCAUGCCUUUUGGGACAGGGAUACGAACUUGUGUUGGCCAGAACUUUGCGAUGACAGAACUAAAGAUAAUGCUGUCUCUUUUGCUGUCUAAAUUCACUUUCUCUUUAUCCCCGGAGUACAAACACUUGCUGACUUAUAAGCUGUUUUUUAAGCCUGAACACGGGGUACAACUGAAGAUGGAGAAGAUCUGAAAUUGUCCAUCUUGUGUUUGAAUGUUUGGUCUGUUGCGUUGGAAGCUGUACCACGGAAAAGCAUAGUAAAAAAAACUGUAGCUUCACGUC